AUUGAUUUCAUUUUACCGUCUCAAAAUGACACCACCGAUCACGUGAUACCCCACGCCAUGACAUCCGACAUCCGGCACCGAAGCUCUGGGCUCAUCUCCAAUCCAGAUCCAAAAUGACAGAUCCCGCAGUCCAGUCCCCGGAAAAAAGCUGGAUAGUAGGCCAAUUUGAGGGACGAGCCCCGGAAGCCCACGGCAUAAGUUGGUCCAAAAUAUGGGAUGUGGGAAAGUCCGACCUCUGGGAUAGAGGAAAGACCUCUCCAGCCCUGGUUGAUAUAGUUGAGAAGUAUCAGAAGCCGGGUGAGAUGUUCCAACCAUUUGCUGCUGAUGGGCGGCGAAGGAGGGUUCUUGUUCCGGGAUGCGGACGCGGCUAUGAUGUGAUCAUGUUGGCUUUACAUGGAUUCGACGCAUACGGCCUUGACAUCUCCGCGACGGGCGUUGCGGCGGCGGAGGCAUUUGCGUCGAAAGAGUUACAGAAUCCCGGUGCUGCUAAUUUCGGUCUUAACCAUGACAGCAAGAGUCAGUCCCGAGGGAGUGUGAAGUUCCUAGAGGGCAAUUUCUUUGCGCCCGAAUGGGAGAAGGAUGCUGGUGGGAAGUUUGACAUUGUUUAUGAUUAUACCUUCCUCUGCGCUCUGCACCCCACAAUGCGCAGAAAUUGGGCUUCCCGGAUGGCAUCGCUCCUCCAAAAGGACGGCCUCCUCACCUGUCUCGAGUUCCCAAUGUACAAGGAUCGCACACUCCCCGGCCCACCGUGGGGUUUGAACGGUGUUCAUUGGAAUCUAUUGGCGAAGGGAGGUGAUGGGAUCGACAUCGACGAUACAACAAGCAUCGGAAAAGAAGGAGAAGGAUCUUUCAACCGGAUCUUGUAUGUGCAGCCCGAACGCACACACGAAGCUGGACAGGGUACGGACAUGUUGAGUGUGUAUAAGCGAAAGUAGCUAUUGUAGCUCGUUACCCAAUCGAAUAGCACUCCCAAAAGAAAGAAAGAAAAAAAAGAGACAAACAAAAAGCAAAAAAUGACAAGAGUGGG